CGACAACUAACCGGUUCAAGUCGACAAAGCAGCCAAGAUGCCUCGCGGACCUAAGAAGCACCAGAAGCGCCUUAGCGCGCCUUCUCACUGGCUCCUGGACAAGAUGUCCGGAACCUACGCCCCCAAGGCCUCCCCCGGUCCUCACAAGCUCCGGGACUGCCUGCCCCUGAUCGUCUUCAUCCGCAACCGUCUCAAGUACGCCCUUAACGGCCGUGAGACCAAGGCGAUCAUGAUGCAGCGUCUGAUCAAGGUCGACGGCAAGGUCCGCACCGACCCUACCUACCCCGCUGGUUUCAUGGACGUCAUCGGCAUCGAGAAGACCGGCGAGAACUUCCGUCUCAUCUACGACACCAAGGGUCGCUUCACCGUCCACCGCAUCCAGGCUGAGGAGGCCGAGUACAAGCUCUGCAAGGUCAAGCGUGUUCAGCUCGGCAAGGGCGGGAUCCCAUUCUUGGUUACGCACGAUGCGAGAACCAUCCGUUACCCCGACCCCGCCAUCAAGGUUAACGACACCGUGAAGAUCGACAUUGCCACUGGCAAGAUCGCCGACUUCGUCAAGUUCGACACUGGUGUUGUCGCCAUGGCCACCGGUGGUCGUAACAUGGGUCGUGUCGGUGUCGUCACCCACCGUGAGCGCCACGAUGGUGGUUUCAACAUCGUCCACAUCAAGGACGCUAUUGACAACACCUUCGCCACCCGUGAGUCCAACGUCUUCGUCAUCGGUCAGGACAAGCCCUGGAUUUCCCUGCCCAAGGGCAAGGGUGUCAAGCUCUCUAUCGCCGAGGAGCGUGACCGCCGCCGUGCCCUCCAGUAAAUGUGGCAUGGUAAGUGAUGUAGGCUGCCGGAAAAAUAAAAGCGUUGAAAAAUUCCGCUGUGGCGAUGACAUCUUGUCUUGCUUUGUGGACCUGUAUGACGCCGGUUACGAUAAUUAUAUGAAGCGUUAUCCAGAACAAAAAAAGAGAAAGAAUUGUCUACAGGACACAAAGUUACACCUGUCAACUACUGUACCGUAGACUUGUACACUAAAGCAAGGUCAAGAUGCCAAGUCUGUCUGCCUGUGAUUGUAUGAUACCAUUAAUUCUU